AUGGCCACUUCGCAGAACGGACAACCUACUGCCUUUUCUGACAUUCCAAACGAAAUCGUGUUGCGAAUUUUUGGGUGUGCAACGUUUGUACCUGGGGCUCUAGAGGCAGAUGUCAGCGACCCAUUCGAGGCCUCACAACCUCUCAAGUUUGAUAUGGGGCACCAAAUCAAAUCCCUACAGAUGGCCCUCGACACAAAAUAUUCUCUCGUCCGGGUGUGCAAACGAUGGCGCACUUUGGCUAUGCCGAUUCUGUAUGAAGCCGUUUCCAUCCAUGGGCUUGAUGGACUAUAUUCAGUAUACCAGGAUUUGAGGAAUCCCAACCUGCAGCAAGCACCAGAUCUGGGUUGGUGGGUCCGUCGUAUGGACUUGACACUGCACGAUCUUGUCGGAGAGUUUGAAGAGAUCGAGGACAGCGUUCUCUCUAUGAUCGCCUAUGUCUUCAGCCGCCUGCCAAACCUCCAGAUCCUUGUCGUCUCAAUUGAUACUUCCGCGGUCGAGGACAUGGAUGUCGACGAUGACUCCCCUCCAAACAGACCAAUUGUCGACUUGGUUUGUGGUACGAUCGGCGCACACUGCAUGCCAUCCCUGCGAAUGUUAUCUUGGGAAAGUGAACCGCGGCCAGACAGUGGAAUAAUUACAGCUUUACUCGGAAAGCAACUAUAUUUGCAAACCGUGAUGAUCGGCGGCGGCGAUGGCGCUGACAUUUGCCCGGCUACUCUCCCCCAACUCCCUUACCUCGAUUUCAUCACCUUGAUACACGGUGACAAUGAAGGGCACGGAAUCAGCGGAACCGCCUCCUUCCCCGCCCUCCGACAAGUACACAUUCGAUGGAUUGAUGAAGAUUUUGACUGCAUUCGGCAGUUUUUAGCUUUCCAAGCUCCUAGACUCACCACUUCAUACAUCUCCCUUAACGAAACGACUGGCGACUCCCUGUAUCCAGUUCUCGAAAUGAAUUGCCCAAACCUGUCUCACCUUAUCCUCAUUGGCCUUGUAUGGCGGGAUUUUCUCCACGAUGAACCCAAACUACCUUUUCCCUCCAGGGUCACACACCUCGGUAUUUCAUGCAAACAAUUGCGGGCGAGCGAUCAGGAAUACAUCAAUCUCUUCACCUGGAUAAUAGCCCGCAUGCAUCGGUCGAUAAGAAUAAUACGUUUCAUGGACGCAAGCGUAUCAGAGGACUUACGACACAGGCAUUCAGGGAUCCUCGCUCACGCACUUUUACCAUUCGCUGGUAGUAAUAUACGCGUAGAAGACAAUGAGGGAAACAAUUUCUGA